GUGCAGAGUAAAUAAACGCCCAUUCGGGGAGCCUGAUCUGUCCCCUUGCAUCAGCAAAUGCCACCGCAGCAAAAGAAAAUUUCUGCACAAUGAAUUUACAAGCAGAUGGUUUUGCCAGCUCGAGGUUUCCCAUGGCUGCCAUCUCAGGUCCGGUGCUCAGUGUUCUCUGCAGCAACGAGAAAUGCUCUGCUAUUUUGUCGGAGGAAAUUCCCCGACAGCCCGUCGCACGGGCUGCCUGCGUGCUCGCGCGGCUGUCGGCGCGAGAACGAACAACCGUCCUGCGGCCAUCGAUUAGUCAGAGCUUUCCGGCCCCCUCGCUGCUCGUCCAGCCACAGCAGCUCUCAGCUGUACAUAUAUCUCCUCCCCCGCGGCGCAAGAGCCGAUCGAGCAGAGGCAAAAGGAAGCCGUGCUAUUCGAGGGAAGCACUGAAGCAGCACAGCAGCGGCACCUGAGACUAGAAGCAGCGGGAUACAUGGCGGAGGUGGAGAAGAGGAAGGCGCGGAGGGAGGAGGAGCUGGUGGAGGCGGCGCUUGCGGCGGCGGCGGCCGCGCUGCUCGUGUCGGGCGUCAAGAAGCUGGCGCCGGCCGUGCUCACGGCCCGGUGCUGGUGGUGGCCGCCGCCGCUGCCGAUGCCCGUGGCCGUGCUCGCCGCGGCGCCGUCCCCCGUCCUGUUCCUGCUCCUCAACGUCGUCAUCGCGUCCAUCGUCGUGGCGUCCGUGCAGCCCAGGCGCGCCGCGUCCACGGCGGCCUCUGCGCGAGGCGGCGCUGCCGGGGAUGGGGCGCCCGCAGGCGGCGAGGGCGCGAGGAAGGCGAUGAAGAGGAGGAGGAGCAAAAGGCGAGAGGAGAUCGCGGAGCCAGCGGCGCCGGCGGCUGAGCCCGUCGCGGCGGCCGAAUGCUGCAUGGCGCUCGUGGUGAACGAGACUUUGGCGGCGGCGGCAGAUGAAGAGGAAGUGGCCGGCCAUGCGUCGGGGGAGGUGGACAGGCGGGCGGAGGAGUUCAUCUCGGCGUUCCGGCGACACCUCAGGGUCGACUCCUUCUCGUCGAGAAGCCGGCGGGGCAUCGCGCCGUGCUUUUGAUCGGAGCUGCAUCUUUGUGCGAAUCGAUCGCGCGCGCGCCUCCGUUCUUCCGCAGUUUCUUUUAACUUUCUUGUUGCUUGAUUUGAGAUGCAACUAGACAACUAGUAGUACCGUCUUGGCAUCAGUAUGAUGGAUCUUCUAUUCUUGGCGUUUCUCCAGAAACCCGCGUGAGAAUUUUGCUAAACUUUCUUGGUGCUCGACUUGAAAUGGGACUGAACGAUGGAAGUCA